AUGAAGUCGCCAGUUCAAAAGGCGUGCAUGAAUCCUAAAAUUGAUGAAAUCAUCCAAAAGAAGCAUAUCAAGUGGAUUUUACUAGGCCUGCUGGUUUUGAUAUUCUUAGCUAUCCUAAUAUUGGUUGUUUUGUAUGCAAUCGCUUGUAACGUGGGAUAUGUUUAUACACUUUUGAUUGAUGCGGGAUCUACUUCCUCAAAGCUGACGGUUUUUAAAUGGAAGGACUGGCCAUUCCAGAAGAAUGGCUAUGUUGAAGAAGUUAAGAUGGCAAAAGUUCAACCCGGAAUCUCAGCCUACAAGGACAAAUCAGCUGAUGCCUUUGCUGCACUAGAGCCCCAUAUAAUGAAUUUGUUGGGACAGACUAUACCUGCUGAAUCCCGACACUCUACACGGGUGUUUCUUGCUGCAACAGCUGGCAUGCGUCUCUUAACGUUAGAGAACCCCUUACAAUCAGAAGCGGUUAUUGAGAGCCUUCAGCUACAAUUGCCCCAGGUUGGGUUAAUGGUGGAUAACCCAUAUUCUGAUGUUCGAAUAAUGAGCGGGAGGGACGAAGGCAUAUACUCAUGGAUAACUGUUAACUACCUGACCAAAAAACUAGGAAGCCGAAAUGUUCCGCCAGUAGAUGAAAAACAAACCAUUGGAGCCCUGGAUCUCGGAGGUGCCAGCACUCAAAUCACCUUCGUUCCAGAAAAUAAUAAACCGGCCCCACAUACAUCGACUCGAAAUCUCUUUGGCAAGGCUUUUAACCUGUACAGCUACAGCUACUUAUGCUACGGCAAGUCUGCCGCUGAGAAGCGGAUAUGGGCUGAAAUAAUAGGAAAUCAGAGCGCUAGAGAGAUAGACAAUCCCUGUUUCCAUCAAGGCAACAUGGUUGUUGUUAAAACCAGUAAAAUUUUUGCGGAACAAUGUGUCUCAUCAAAAUAUGCAGAUGUCUUGGUUGGUUCCGCAUUAUUUCCACACAAAAUUUCUGCCUCCACUUCGCCCGAUAGCUGGAGUUUUGUCAGUCUGUACUGCUUCGAUGGUGUCUACAUUGAUGCUCUCUUAUCGCACUUUGGAUUCAAUACGUCAGAUAGUUGGCGAAGCAUAACAUUUUCAGCAAAGAUUGAUGGCAUCACCGUCAGUUGGGCACCUGGGUACGCAAUUGAUGCUACUGGCAUGAUCGAGAGCACGUCUCCGAAGAUUGAUCUUGGACUUUUGGCUUUUGCAACCUCCGUUGCAGUUUUGAGUGUAGUGAUGGGUGGAAUGAAGCAACCCGUCUUUGCAAUCUCCAUUGAAUGUGCAAUUCUUGAGGGCGUGCAAAGGCAUGCAUGGUUGGGUGCUGUGUUGGAGCGUAAGCGUUUGGGCGGUCAAUAUGUGAUUGCCCUGGUGCGGACGCUGCCAGUACAGACGGCUUUCACUUAUGUGGGCACUGAUGCGCAGAUGAAUAUUGGGUUACUGCCUGCCAGCGUCCGCUACCUCAGCCCCUCCCCUGACCGCAAACAAACCACUCCUAAUCUGAGAAAUCUCUGA